UGGUCGGGGUUGAGCCACCUCGAACCUUUCUCCACCGAUUUGCGUAGCCCCGAUCCCGGCCUGUAUUUCGCGGUAUAUAUCGGGCUGAUCUGAAAAUUUUGAAAAACUUCAGGGUCGAUUUCAGAUUUCAAGGCCUUCCCUCUCAGUCGAAUCAAAUCUGCCACUCGCCAUCUCGUCUUACAAUUGCCACCAAAGGAGCAGAGGCCAGAGGCAGAGCUCUCUCCUCCCUCUCGUUCUAUCUCUUCCUCUUCUUCCUCUUCUUCCUCCUCCUUUUGCCCUUUCGUCUUCUCUAGACUCAGCCGGGUAGAGGCGAUCCGACACAGAGGUCUCACCUUUGCCAUUGUUUUUUCUUUCCUUCUUCUCGGGAGUGUCGGAAAGGGGAAAAAUGGGCGGAGAUGGAGGAGGCAAGGUCUACACUUUGGCCGAGGUUUCUGAGCACAACACCUCCAAGGACUGCUGGCUCGUCAUUGACGGCAAGGUAUACAAUGUGACUAAAUUCUUGGAUGACCAUCCCGGUGGGGAUGAAGUGUUGCUUUCCUCGACAGCGAAAGAUGCGACCGAGGAUUUUGACGAUGUUGGCCACAGUACCAGUGCAAGGAAGAUGCUAGAUGAUCUCUACGUUGGUGAAAUUGACAAAUCCACCAUUCCCGCAAAGAGGACGUACGCUCCCCCGAAGCAGCCUCAGUACAAUCAGGACAAGACUUCCGACUUCUUCGUGAAGCUCCUCCAGUUUUUGGUUCCGCUGGUCAUCCUUGGCUUAGCUGUUGGUGUCCGCUUCUACACAAAGACCGAAUGAGAAGGCUGAGCUGAGGACUAGCCUUGUGUAAGGUUCGCAACAUCGACCCUUCUGAAUGACUGCAUCGACACUUAAUUCUUUCAUUUCUCUAUGUGGCUCAGAUCUUUAAAUGCAUGAUCCGAGCCAUUUGACAUUUUGCUGUUCUUCUUGUAAGAUUUGUUAUGGAGUAUGUCUAUUUGGUCGAGUUCAUGUUUGGGAUCUUUAAACAAAUCAUGACGAUUCAUUUGUCUUGUUAAUUGCACUCAGUGAUUGUUUGUGCAACAA